AUGUCCUACCUAAGGCAAGGCAAGCAGGAGUGGAGCGGCGGGUCCAGGCACCCGACCUAUCAUGUGGGGGGUGCCCGCUGGCGCCGAGAGCACGCCCCGACGCCCGCCCGCGGCCGGCUGACGACUUGUUGCCUGGACGUGGACGCUGGCACGCCUGGGACUGGAGCGGGCCGCAGCGCGAAGCGGCCUGCUGCGAGCCCGCCCGCGCCCGAAAAGAAGAGCGUGGCGAGGGGCCCGGCAGAGCUCCGGGUCUCAAAGCACCCCGACUUUGAUAACAUGCAGUACUCUGAACCUCUAGACGUUUACCUCACCGUGCUCCGCCUCCUAGCCGGCGCCCCUCCCGCCCCGCGCGACACGCGCCGCGCCGGGGGGCUGGGCGCAGCCGCCGGGGGCGCGGCGAUGGCUCCGUCGGAGGCGGUCGAGAGGUUCUUGCGCGAGAACGAUGUGGACGAGCGGGCAGCAGCCGCACUACGGGCCGCAGACCCGAAAGUCCAGGCGGAGACGCUGGAGCGCGGAAACUUGACGGACUGCAUGAACCCCUCUGCGGCGCUGAUGGCCCGCAUCCGGGGGGCGCAGGGCGUCAGCUCCGGCGGGGGCGGCGGCUGCGGCCUCUCCGAGGCCGAGCUGCAGGGCAAGCCCGAGGACGUGUGGGCGCGCAUCUGCAUGAGGAACAAUAUCAGUGGUGGCGGCUCCGCCAACUCCGGGCUGGGCGCGGGUAUGGACCCCAUCGCGGCCGCGCAGUACAUGGCGCUCCAGCAGCACAUGGUGCAGCAGCAGAUGGCCAUGCACCAGUACAUGCAGCAGAUGGCCAUACAGCAGCAGCUGGCGAUGCAGCAGCAGCUGAUGGCGCAGAUGGGGCAGGCGCUGCCAGGCACGCAACCGGCGGAGCAGGCGGACUCGGCGUCGCCGGCAGGGGAGGUCGGGCAGCUGUCCGCCGCGGGGCUGCCGCCGGUGCAGGCGGCACUGCCAGGCAUAGAGUCCGUGACCCAGCCGCAGACGAUGCCAGGGGGCCUGGCAGAUCCGACGGGCUCGCUGCCGCCGCUGGGGCAGCAGCCGCUGGGCCAGCUGCCGCCGCUGGGGCAGCAGCCCCUGGGCCAGCUGCCGCCGCUGGGGCAGCAGCCGCUGGGCCAGCCGUCGCCGCUGGGGCAGCAGCCGCUGGGCCAGCUGCCGCCGCUGGGGCAGCAGCCCCUGGGCCAGCUGCCGCCGCUGGGGCAGCAGCCCCUGGGCCAGCUGCCGCCGCUGGGGCAGCAGCCCCUGGGCCAGCAGCCCCUCGGCCCGCUGACGCUGAGCCAGCCGUCGCUGGGGCAGCAGGCCCCCGGGCAGGACGCGGGUCAGAUCAAGUUGCCGCCCCAGUGGCUGAGGGGCCAGGGCGGCGCCACUGGGCAGCCGGACCAGCUGGCCCAGUCGACCGCUGGGGCGCCUGGCGCCGCCCAGCAGACAGAUGGCGUGGACCAGCUGCAGCAGCAGCUCCAGGCGAUUGCCGAGUCGAUGCCUGGCAACGCCUCCACCGCGCCCGCCCUCAACGGCGGCUUCGGCACCAUGCCGGCCCUGGGCUUUGCCAAGAGCUCCUCCGUGAUGGCGAAGCCGCCCACCUCGGGAUUCGUCCCGUACUGAGUGCCCGCGCCUCCCUCGCUUUGCCUCUCCUGCCUCGCCUUCCCUGCUCCAUAUGCCCCUUCCUUCGCCCCUCGCCCUGCCUCGCUCUUGGCGUCCUCUCCUCCGCCCCGCUGCGGGGCGCCGCACCGUCCGGGGCGGCGGCGCGUGCGAUGCCCCACCCUUGGGGCCGUUAAUGGCCCCUCGUCUGCGGGCCCCUCUGCCGCCGGCGCGCCCGUGCUAUAGACAGACACGAGCCGAUGUUUUGCCAACAGCGUCGGCGACGCGCGGCGGCAGGACCCCCUGGCGCGUGGCCCUGGCGGGUGCCCCCCGGGGGUGACUCCUGGCGCACCCCCCGGCAGGUCGGGCUCCUACCCGGGAGGGGUGCCCGCGGCUGUCUCCGCGCCGGACCCGCUCCUUCGGCCUGUGGGGGCC